AUGUUGAGUUGGCGAGUCACGCCUUCGGCUGUACUUAAGUUGUCGAACCAAAUCAAGAAUGCUGCGCUUGAUUAUGGCGCGUCUUUUGUCAUGGAGAGAAAGGAAGGCCGAAGUAUUCAGGCUCUGGGCCACGGCGUUAGCUUCAAGAAGCGUGCUCCUAAGGCUAUCAAGGAGAUCCGCGCCUUCGCGGAGCAGGCUAUGAAUUCUUCCAAGAGGUCGUUGAUAAUUUUGAAGAAGGAACCCCUGGAACGGAUCCGUCACUCUACUGUUCUGAAAAAUGGCGCUAAGGAACCCGGUGGGUACACCACCGCCAGACGGGAAGAAAAACUGGAGUGCUUCUUAAAGACGAUCCAACUCUCGCAUCAGAAUGGCCGGCAUGGUCUCCCUGAUCCAGAAUAUAUGGCCCGGAAAACACCAUGUGCCAAGGACCACUUUUGCCUUCAUAUCUUACGGGGACUGGGACUCGAUUAUAUUCUGUCCUCUGUCAUUUGA